AUGGGCGUUGUCUCGACCGUUCUCAUCGUCUUGCUCACCCUCUUCUUCCCGCCCAUCGGUGUCUUAGCCGUAGCAGGAUGUGGAAUGGACUUGUUCAUCAACGUCUGUCUAACGUUGCUCGGCUUCCUACCUGGCACGAUCCACGCGUUCUACGUCCUCUACGUCUACUACGACCGCCGCGAGCAAGCCCGCAUCGGUGCCCCUCUUCCGCCCCGCGCGUCAGGCAUCUAUAGCAACCGCGUGCAGAGCGGCGGUAUGCACGGAUACGGCACGAUGUAG